AUAUUCGUCGUAGUCUUCACAUCGGUCCUCAGGGACGCAGAAAUCCCCUCAGAAAUGACUUCGCCGUUUGUUUCCUAGCUCGCCGCUUUUGCCUCAUCUUCCUUCUAGCCUUCCGAUACUCAAGUUUCUUCCGACUGCAAACUCUCCUUUACUUCCCCGUUGUCGCCUUUCUCCAAGCUCCUCGACGGGCUGACUGAAAGCGUCAGUCCCGCUGUCUCCUUUUAUACUUUCCCUCCAAAACAGCUCUGAACCCGAUUGGUUAACGCAACCAACAACCUGAACUUUUCAUUGGCUGCUAGCACGGCUGUUUUAUAGGUCCCCGGGGAGACUCAGAGACCAAUCAGCAUGCAGACACACCUGGGGGAAGCUCCUCAUUGGUUGAAAUCGAAGCGGCUCUACUCCUUUACCUGAGACCCCCGAACCCCUUUUUCAAUUUGAUUUGACACACGGUCCUUAAUUAAACGAAUGGUUAAUUUUAGACCAAGGGGGGGGGGAAUAAAAUUGGGUAUCCCGUUUCUCAUCUCAUUUAUAACCAAAAUGCAUUGUUGGUUCCUGCCCAGCUCUGGCUUGACAGGAUGAUGGAAUAUGCGGCUUAAACUGGAAGAAUGGGACUUGUAGUCCCCUCUUGACAAGGUUGUGAGAAUGGGACUGAUGGGAGUUGUAGUUUGAGAGACAUCAUGCAGGGCUGAGGUCAUUCCGAGCGCAGCCAAUCAGGUUCCGCUACGUCUACCCAAGCAUCCUCCCCCUCAGACUCUCCUGCCCAAUCAGCGUCGAAGGCGGAGACUUUUGAAAAGCGGCGGUUCGGGGGAAACUAAGCGAGGGGUAAACCCGCGCAAGGGCGAGAGGUGCGCAUGCGCAAAAAAGGCCGGCGCCUCCCCUUUCCAGUCUUCCUCUAACUGGCGCCGGCGAGCGCGGGGCUUCGGACGCCGCCGGGAAACGCCAAGCAGCGGCCGGAGAGAGCGAGCCAGACGCCGCCGGCCGCCCCGCCGCCGCCUUCCCGAUCAUGACGCACAAGCAGAUCUACUACUCGGAUAAAUACGACGACGAGGAAUUCGAGUACCGGCAUGUCAUGCUGCCCAAAGACAUCGCCAAGCUGGUCCCCAAGACCCAUCUCAUGUCCGAAUCGGAGUGGCGGAACCUGGGGGUCCAGCAGAGCCAGGGCUGGGUCCAUUACAUGAUCCACGAACCAGAGCCACACAUCCUGCUUUUCCGAAGACCACUGCCGAAGAAAGUUGAAAAAUGACACGCACCUCCACCUUCUUCUGUGUUUCGAUCGAAGCACCUUUUUUUGGAGAACAAUUGAUUCUUUUAAUCUAAAUCGUAAAAUUCCAAGAAAUGUUUUAAGAUGCCUGUUCCAGAAAAUACUGCUUGACGUAAACAAGCAGCUAAGAAAAAGUGGUUUUGCCUCCGAUAUUUUAUCUGGCCAAAGCAAUCUUCAAAAACUCCAACAACUUGACUUUUUUAAAAAAAUAUUUUUUGAAAUACUGGCUAAAAGCUUGGCCUGCCCAAAGGGCCUAACUCACUUUAAAAAAAAAAAUCUUGUCUUGCAAAACUUUGUUCUUAAAACGUGCCUUUCCUUUUUAAUCUUAUAUUUCAACUUCUGCUUUAGAGCUUUUAAGAUAUUUUUGAUAUGAUUGUUCCUUGGGCUGGAUUAAUAAAGGGUCACCAUGUUAAAGGAUCGUUUCUAACUCCUUGUACCUCAAUUUGGUCGCAGUUUUCUAUAUUGCUUAAUCUAAUGUAACUUGGACAUUGGAAUGCAUUGGUGAAAGGAGGAAUCAUGUCACAGAUUAACUGAAAAUUAUGAGAAAAAUAAAACGGUCGAUGCAAGUACACUGGGUUCAAACAACCAUUUGAGGGCCACUGGUAUAAAGGAUUAAAAUUCAUCCAUGUUGUCUUCCAAAGAAAGCCAUUCAAGACUUUAAAUGUUGAUCAAGGUGAUCUCUUUUUUAAAAAAAAGAAUCAAUGAAAUUAGGCAAUAUUUAAGUUUUGGGUUCAAUGUACAAAUGCAGCAACUUUGUGUAGUUUCAUCCAUGUUGUAACCUCUGUUCGUGAGUACGUAUGUAACCUAUUGUACCAAGAAAUAUUCUAUAAACUUGUUUUCCUUGUGCUUCUGUUUUUAAGUUUUCUUUCAGGGCCUUUUAUUUUAUUUUAUUUUAUUUUUU